AUGCAUUGGUUAAUGCUAAUGGAAAUAAUAUUACAGAAGGAGAAAGAUCUUGAACUUGCUGCUAAAAUUGGACAAUCGUUAUUUCAACAAAAUAAGGAACUACAAAAUAGAAAUGAAUUUUUGGAAGAAUCACUGAAUGUAUCCAAUGAUAUGAUUACACAACUACGGCAUACUUUACAAACGCGAUCAAAUCUUUUACGUUCUUAUACUGAUUAUGAUGAUAGUGAUUUGGAUCGAUAUACAUCAGGGCAAUCAAAUAGCGAAAAUUUACAGCGAAAAAUUAAAAAAUUGGAAGACGACAAGCAGAGUUUGAAAAAUGAGUCAACAAAUUUGAAGAAAAUUUUAUCUGAAUUAGAAGAAAAUGAAAGAGUACGUAUUUCGGAAUGGACAAAACAAUUAGAUACUGCCAAUGAGAAGAUUUGUCGCUUGCAACAUUUGCUUGCUGAAAAGACGAAAGAGUGCGCAAUUCAAAGUAUUGAUGUGGAAAGAUUUCUUCGAGAAAUUGCCGUUCAAUCAAGUCGUGAAAAAGUGCUAGUAAAUGAAAAUGUCGACUUAAAGCAAAAAUUGCAAGAUAUGCUAGCAGUGCAUGAGGAACUUACCGUACAAGUGGCUGACUUACAAGAACGAUAUGCAGAAGUGAUAGCAAUGUUGCGUGAUGCUGAAGAAGAGUUAAGGACAUAUCGACAGAAUCAAUGCGCUUAUAG